UUCGACAAUACCGGAAGGGCGGUGCAGGCGAGAAGCAGUCCUGCAUUCUGAUUGGCUGAGGGGACCUUGGCCGUUGGGUCGCCAGAAGGCUGUGGGCGACUCGUUAAGUUAAGGCGGGAACUCGCUUUUCCUCAGACUAGAGGCGAGGACGGACCUCGGAGUGUGAUGGAAAAUUCUGGAAAGAAGCUAAGGGGGCCGGUUUCCGGGCCCAGUGAACAGUCCUGGUGGCCCAAAAAGCUUCUGAAUAUGGACGGACCUGCGUGGCCUAGAUUCACUUCCCUCAGCGACUUUCAGUUUGGGGCCGUAGCCACAGAGACGAUCGAAGACGCCCUGCUUCACCUGGCCCAGCAGAACAAGCGUGCUGUGCAGGAGGCCGCGGGCCGGAUGGGCAGCUUCAGGGAGACCCGGAUCGUGGAGUUUGUUUUCCUGCUGGCUGAACAAUGGUGUCUGGAGAAAUCUGUGAGCUACCAGGCGGUAGAAAUUCUAGAAAGGUUUAUGGUUCAGCAGGCUGAGAACAUCUGCAGGCAAGCCACUGAGCAGCUGGGCAGUAAUGGGAAGACGAGGUCUCCGAACUGGAGAGUUCUCAAGGAGCAGCUCUUCAACAAGUUUCUCCUCCGACUCGUAUCGUGUGUUCAGCUGGCCAGCAAACUUUCCUUCCACUACAAAAUAAUCAGCAACAUCACAGUCCUGAACUUCCUGCAGGCUCUGGGCUAUCUGUACACCAAAGAAGAACUGCUGGAGUCAGAGCUUGAUGUCCUGAAGUCUCUGGACUUCCAGAUCAAUCUGCCCACACCCUUGGCCUAUGUGGAGAUGCUUCUGGAGGUUCUAGGCUACAAUGGCUGUCUGGUCCCAGCCGCACAGCUGCAUCCUACCUGCUUGACCCUGCUCGACCUCGUCUAUCUCCUGCAUGAACCUAUAUAUGACAGCCUGCUGAGGGCUUCCAUUGAAAACUCCACGCCUAGUCAGCUCCAAGGGGAAAAGUUUAUUUCCGUGAAGGAAGACUUCAUGCUGUUGGCAGUAGGAAUCAUUGCAGCAAGUGCAUUCAUCCAAACCCCUGAGUGUUGGAGCGAGGUCGUGGCACAUCUGCAGAGCAUCACUGGCAUCGCACUGGAGAGCAUCUCCGAGUUCUCUUAUGCAAUCCUGACUCACAGCGUGGGAGCCAGCACUCCCAGGCAGCAGCAGCCGGCUCCUCCCCAGCUGCCGGCCAGAGUGCUGAGGGCGGUCGCUGUCUCCAACACAUGAAGCAGGCUGAGCCCACCGAGCAGCAACAGC